CUUCUCUCCUUUGCCUUACUAUGAAUCCUCAAAGCCAUCACCAUAUCUUAUCUCUGCCUCUCUCUCAAAAAUCUAAUCUUUCGAUUUCUUCUUCGAGUCCCUAUUCGUACUCCUUAUUUAUCUCCUCUCCUCCUCGUGGAGGUGCCUCUCUGGCUGCUCAGGGUUUCUUGAUUUGAGCGAUAAUCGAAAAUGAAUUCUUGUGCGUAUCAGCGAAAGAGCGCCAUGGGAAGCUACGAGGAGAGGACGAUAAUGGAGGUAGACUCUAUGGUUUGCCCCAAGCCUCGCCGAUUGGGUCUUUCAAAUCCUUCCCUCCUCCAUCAAUUCAGACCAAUAAGAUUACCCAUCAAUAGCAGUCAUCAGACUGACAUGGAAGAUUCUAUGGCUGGGGCUGAGCUUCUUGACAUAAUUCUAACUAAGGGAGGAUAUGGCGGAGAAAGAUCAGGUUACCAGGUAGCAUCAUCUCCACCUUUUUACUGUGGAUCACCACCGAGUAGGGCAUCAAACCCAGUAGUCCAAGAUGCCCAAUUUGGCAAUGAGAUAACUCCUUUUUCUCCUGCCCCGCUGUCACCUUCCUCAUCGUCAGCACGAAAGGGAGGAGGAUGUGUCCGAAUGAAAUUUGGUCACAAGCCUGCUGCUACCAGGAUUGAAGGGUUUGAUUGUCUUAGCAGGGAUAGAAGAAACUGCAGCAUCUCUGCAGUGGCUUAAAACCCAGAAGUUGGCAAAUUUUGAUCUGAAGAUGGAGUAGUGAAAUACUGCUGUGUUUUUGUUUGAUGUACAUACAAGGUUUACUGGUCUUUGCUGGUGAGUUUUGCUCUCUCAAAAUAUGUACAUGUAAUGAAGGUUGAGAGAGGUUUAAUUUUGAAAGAAAUAAAAAGGGUUGAGAGACGAGUGUUCAUUGUUCUUGUUCACAGAAAGAGCGAGAGAAUGAGAGAGAGAGAGAGAAGUCUGGAGAUGUUUGGGAGGCAUUCCAAUGUAAUAUUUUAAUGUUUGGCACUUCUACUAAUCCGUGUUUGUAAUUAUAAUGUGAAGGAAAUAAGGAUGAGCCGCUUUGAAAUC